AGUGAGCCCGGAUGCAGAUCCGUGUUGCUGCGCAUGACUUGCCUCUACUCUGCUCUCCUCUCGCACUCUGCGGCUGCUGCUGGUCGCUGUCAUCAUGCAGGUGGAAUCUGCGCAGUGUGCUUCAGAACAAAAAUCUUUGACAGGGACGCCACGACUUCUCUGAGCUGCCAGUCAGCUGGACGCCUGACACCAAACCGCCGAGGAGGAAGAAGCAACAAGACAAGAGACAAACCGACAAAUUGGAUUUUUUUUUUUUACCCCCUUGCACACUUUACCUGCCUAAGUUAGAAAUACAUUUAAAUUUGGAUUAAGAUCUCGUUAAAUUAUUGCUCUGCGCGGGAUAAUAAAACGCUGUUGAGUUGUUACAAAGUGUUUUCCUCUCUUGGCGCAGUCCAGCACAGCUCAGCGAGAGUCGUAGAGGAUGUCAUCCAGUCCCAAAGGAAAUGAAAGUGCCAAACAGACCAGAAGGACGUAAUCUUUUGGGAAUAACUUCUCUUUGCACGCGCCGGUGCGAUGGAUGAAGGCACUGCCAACGACACCAUCCCAGAUCUGAAAGACAUAGAGACAAAAAUCGGCCGGAAGACUCCCGAGGGUUUGCUCAGGUGGAUGAGAGAAGAUGCGUCCUCUCUCCGGGGAGAAACCAAACUGGCCACCCCUCAGGACACCAGUAAGGACACCGGGAGGAAGAGUUUGGAUGAAAAGAUUAGGAAGCUCAGGAUGGAGAUGGCUUAUCUUCGCUCAGUGGAUGUCAAGAUUUUGCAACAGUUACUGGCGGUCCACGAGGGCAUCGAGGCAGUGAAAUGGCUGAUGGAGGAGCGCAGCACACUAACCAGUCACUGCAGCAGCCUGACCAGCAGUCAGUACAGUUUGGGUGAGGGCCCCGACACGUCUUGGAGGGGUUCCUGGAGCAGCCUGCAGGACCCCACUAAUGACAAGCUAGACAACAUCUCUAUUGGCAGCUACCUGGACACUCUGGCUGAUGACAUGGAUGAGUACUGCCCCUCCAGCUCAGAGUCUGUGAUUUGCUCCACCACACCACUAGUUUCAGAAGCUACACCCGAGAGCAACACAACCGGAGGCCCGAGAGUGUCUGGAGCAGGAGCUGCUGUGGGAGCUAGAUCGAGGAAUGGAGAUGAGAAUCAGAUUCGAACUGGGACAAGUGACAAAGAAAUGUUAGGGGGACCUGGGGUUAGCAGUGCCAUCACUGGGCCUGGAGGUAGUGAAGCUGGAAUAUUAGGAGCUCCUGUCAGGUUUCCCCAAGUCAAGUCAAACAGCUCCAAGGAAAACACUCCAGUCCGAACCAAGCCUGCAGAGAUGGAUAAGGGCAGCCCCGUUUUAAAAGACGAUGCCAAAACACAAAUGCUUAAGGUCAAUGGUGUUCUGGAAAAAACAGCAACACAGACAGGCAGCCCGACUCGCAAAGGCAUCCCUGACAAACUGGGAACCAGACAGAGCCCCAAAGCCAAACAGUACAAAAACGGAAAGAUCGACUUGGAUACAUGCAAAAUGAAUGGCAAAAUGCACCUGGAGUAUGAUGCUCACUGGAGAUGGGUGCAGUCACAGGAAGAUGUGACAUUUUUGUAAAAAAGGACCAUCACAUUGAACUACCAUAUUAAAUGACAACAACAUUCUUCCCUCUGCACUGACUUUUCUAGAAAACAUUGAUGUCACCAUUUUACAGGAUUUGGCCCAAUUAUUUUUGCCAAAGAGGGAUGCGUCACUCAAAUAUAGGAAAAUUACUUUGAAAAUUCAGUACCAUAGUGAGUCUCAGGAUAUUUUUAGCAGGCCCUAAUUUUAAUUUGAGAUGUAUAUUUUUAAUUUUUCUGUAGAAAAAAAAGCACAGUGACAUGAUUUGCCAGAGAGCUGAAACAUUAUUGCAGAUUCUGUGAUGUGGCAGUGAUUUCAAAAUUUUCUUGUUUAUAAAUUUGUCUCCCUUUAAUUCUUCCUCAAUAAUGUUAUUGAGACUCUAUUACUGACCUUGAUAUGGUUUUCUUUUUAAAACAGAUUUAGGUUGCGAGUCAUGAAAAUCUCUCUUCAGAUUCUUCUCAUGACCAUUUGCCUGGAUCUUAUCCCUUGAGACUGGACAUUUCAAAACAAUGGCACUAGUGUAGUUAAAUGUACUAGAUUUAAAAAAGAUAAAAAUCCAACAUAAAUUGGCCCCUUUUUAUACAGUAGAUUUACACAAAAUAUGCUGUACAAAUGUAUUUAUGCAUAACUGGCCUUGUCCAGUAAUUAUACACCACAUUAGUGCAUUUUACCAAAUUGUGCAGUGCAAGUGAUUAUUAUGAAAUUUGUGCGCAUGUUACUACCUAAAACAUUCCUCUAACCAACAGUAACUUUUAAUGUUCAAAAAAAAAAAAUCCACCAAGGUUUGAAAAGGUUUUAAAAAAUAAUAUACCAUAAAUAGUUUUGUCAUUGUACAGUCUUGCUUCAGUGCAACCAUCUACAAUAAUGUAAAUUCACAAUACAGCUACUCUGCGCAUCUGUUAUUAGUGGUGUCUGACUCUGUGAAAAUCCUGAAUAUAGUUUUAUGCAAUGAAGUUGUGCCUCUUUAGUGUGAAGUUUAACAGCAAAAUCCUGUAUUUUUCCUAAGAUGAUUGCCCUGUCGUCAUGACAGCUUGAAUGCCUUGGUUCGUUUUGUUUUUUUAACCACGCCUUUGCCUCUGCUAUUGUGUCCAGAUAUACUGUAGCUAGACCAGGAGUCUGUGCUUUCGAGUGUCAAUUGGUGAAUGUGUUAUGCCGACUGCGUAGAUGUUGCAUGCCAGGUGCUGAAAGCUUUAGUAGUUGAUUUGUGGAGAUGGUGUGGAAGAGCAAACAAUCAAGAAAAGCAAUAUAUUUUUCAAACUAUUAUUCAGCAAAAGAAAUCCAAUAAUACAGUCUUUCUUGGGUGGCAAUGUUACUUAUGAGCCAGAAGAAAACCGAUGAGUCCCAAAGUUUUGAAAAAGCUUUUUGACUCAUCCAUCACAUUGUUGCUAUUCCUCCAGUCAGUCAGCAGUUAAACAUCCUGAUGCUACAGGGUUGGCGAACAGAGCUGGGCAUCUUUCAUUAUGUAAGCAUAAUAUUUAGUCUAAUCAGUAAAAAUAUUUUACAAUACUGUCCAUCACUGUCCAUCUGGGAACAAGAUGUCCAUCAAUCAGUUAACCUAAAGUUAUUAUUUUAAUACUGUCAGAGGAACCUGGAGUACCCAGCAAAGAACCCACACAUUCACAGGGGACAUGCAAACAGUUGCUAAAAGACCCCAGGAUGGGAUUUUAAACCAAUACCUUAUUGCUGCAAGGCAAUGAUGGUACCAACAGCUGGCUGAAAGCUCAUGAUAUACUGUAUAUGCAUAUAUAUUUUAAAUCUGAUAAAUGUAAAAUAAGACCACUCAAGACAAAGGAAAGCUCUGACUCCAGCGUUGUUACUCUGCUUCCCAAAAUAACAAAAUGGUUUUCUCCCAACAACUGUAUCACUGGAAUACGCCUUGCUAUAUUAACAAACCAUGCAGUGACAGUCUCGCUUUUUUCUAUUUAUCAAGUAUGUGCUUCAGUACUUAUAGUUCCCACAACAACCUCUGUAUCCCUAAAAUCCAUAUUUUAAACAUCUGGUGGCAGGAAUGAAAGUUAAAAUAUUCACAUCUACAUCUAAAAUAUUGACAUCUACAGUCAACUGUUCUUUUCUACAUUUGGAAAGAAAGAUCAUGAAUUGUACUUAUGGUGGGAGUUAUUGGACUUUAUUCUGUAUCUCUGAAAUAAAACUAUUGAAAUUCUGAUGGGCCAUUGGACUAUCCAGUGUGUAUACCACUUUCAGCAGCCUUUGCUUAGAAAUCUACAAAGUCAUCUACAAAGUAUCAUCAAGCAACAACAUUCCAAUGUUGUCACAGUGAUCAGAAAAAACAUUUGGCAAAUGUUUUAAAGAUUUUGUUGUAAAACUUAGUAACUUAUAAUCUUUUCAUCUGAACCACAGGAGUGUUUUCUCUCCUCCUGACUUUCUUUUUAUCCCACUUUCCCCUCUACCCAUAGUAGUAGGAUGGAAAUGUUUAGUCUGUGCCAACAAACAUUAUGUACACACAAUGGUCUCUCAUUGGAGACAGCUCCAUAAAGCCACUAGAGACAAGUAAAAAAAGUGUGCUGAAACUUGGCCCUGAACUUUUAAACAAAUAACCCUAAAAGAACCCCACUUCCCCCUCUUUUCUCUUUAAAUACAAUACACACAACUACAACCCUGGUGAUGUUUUUAUUCACAAUACAAAAAUGUAGUCGCAUGAAACGUUAGUUCCUUUUAACAUAUGUGCUGGAUGAAAAGCAAUAAAAACAAGGGAUGCCUGUGUGACUUCUUUGUGGUUUUGUUUCCAUAUGAACUGAGGUUUGAGUUAAAAAAAAAUAGCACAGUGAAUCAAGCUGUAAAAGUCAUUACAUCACUACAUAGUGUGUCUUUAAGUGGAUACACUGCAGCCUACGAUGGGUUUAAUGUGUUUUCUCUAGUCAGAUCCAGUUUAGAUUUGAAAAAUUGGAAUCAUUUUAGUUCAACUCAUGGCAGAGAUUUAAUGAGUGCAAAUGAUGCAAGGAGGAGCUACUUGUGCUCUGUUUUUUUAGGAGGGAAAAUGACUGCUGAGACAGUUGUUUUUUCAGGCAAAUCUGAAAUAAAUCAGAGAUCUUAUUUCUUUUUUAAUAUAUUAAGCGCUGUCUAAAUGCUCACUUUAAUGGAUCUGACCAGGCUUCAGGUACCAGCACCCUCAGGCUAUUCUGGGAACAAGAUAAAUAGCACGAUUACGUAGAUGAGUUGAUGUGCACAGAAACGCGGUUGCCAUGACAAUGAGGCCGAGCAGACUACAGCUCCAGUGUCUAUAUAAAAACACACAGUGUACAGCAGAGGCAGCAGCAAUGGAGCAGUACGCUGUGGAUGCCAGAUUACACAACAGAUUUACUGGCUCAAAGUCAGAAUGAAGUUUUUAAUCUGGCAUUUUAAAGAUAACACCUAAAACAAGAUACAUUUCUUUUACAAUAAGUUUUGAGAGGUCAGAUAAUUCCAUUAAAAGAGCCACAUUCGGUUUAACAUGUUUAAAGAUUAACACCAAAUAAAUCAAUCCCAACGUAGUUCUAACUUAAACAUUUCAAGGUAUUCGCCCAAGUAUUAACUCUGUUCUGUGUCGUGUUCAGUAGGCAAAUAUUACAAAUAAUGGUCAAUUAAAAAUGUUUUCUAACUCAGCCUUCUUUACCAACUAAUGUGGCAAGAAAGUUUAGUUUGUCCACUUAAUGCUAAGUGGACCUACAGUCACUACACAAAUAGAUUGAUAUAAAUAAAGGAUGAAACUGGUGAAUGCUGCUCAUUUAAGCAUGAUAGUUUGAUUAAUUGCAUAUGAAUGUUAAGUACUCUUGUUAUUCUUUGAUUUAUAUGACCAUUUAAUCCCUUUGUUAUAAAAGAAAAUUUGAAGAGUCCUGAAAAACACUCCUAAACACGCCUAUUUUAUUUGAAUGUAUCAGUAUGGCUAAUUGUUUCACUUUUUUAUUUUUAGCUCAUCCAGGAUUCCAGCUCAGACAAUUUUUGUUCCAAAAGUGCUCACUCUGUCCUUUUUCAGAAAUUCGCUCUACAUAUUUGGUAUUUUUUAAUAAAACCCCCCAGCAGUAUAGCCUUGACACAAUAACAAACACAGGAGAUUCAGAACUUCCAGAAAUUACUGGUUUCCUGGCACUUGCUAUUUUCUAUAAUUGUUUGUUUAUAUAAUUGCUAUCAUGUUCAAUUUCUCAAAGCAAUAGAAAGCUCAAAUGGAGUGAUGUCAUUUAGAAAAGCUGAAAAUAAACAUAGUAAACAUGAGUCCCUGUUUUGUGUUGGGCAAGAUGCUUUUCAGAUAUUAGCCUAAUUAUUGUUCCACUACUUUGUUGAUUUAAUUGGAUGAAGAAUAACAAAAUCCUAGAAAGCUAUGGCAGUGUCUUAUUUUGUGUAGUAGUAUUUAAGCUACAAUACUCCUGUGCACUUUGAAUUACAUUGACUCCACAAAACAUUAAGUGAAAUAAUUAAAUAAAUUUCUCCUGUCAUUCCUUAUCUCUGGUUAUCUUGACAGUUGUUAAAAUAUGUGCACCUUGUUGAACCUAAGUGUAUAAUUUCCCCACAUACAUAUGAAGGAGCAUGCUUUAAAACAUUACUGUAAUAUUUUAAAUUGGAUAGGCACAGGGUUUAUAUGGUACGGACUGAAAUAAGAAAAGUCAAAAGGAAGUUAAACUCCAUGUGUCUGACUCUGGUUCCUUCCUCUUAGAUGACAGCAUUUUUUUUUUCUGGCAUCUUAUUUAUAUUUUAUGCUGCUGUUUGUCUUUGUUCACAUGUCAGACUGCAAAAAGAAAUGGAAGUGAAUCCCACUGACUGCACAAUGAGGUCUGACAUGGAUCCAAAACUAAACUUUGCCAAAUCUGAGCAAAGAAAAUGAAAAAAAUAAAAGCCCACUAUAAUAUAGUUAUCUGGAUCAGCUGAAUAUUUAUGUUGAUUUAUUGAAUGAAUUUCUAUGUGAUCACAAUUCUUUGUUUUUUUUUUUUUGUACUUGUUAUGCAAUGGAAAAAGUUGAUUUUACAUUUGUAAACUAGAAGUAUUCAAUCAUUGACUUCGUUGAUGUGCAGAAUAUAUACAAUAAUACAAGCUUAUCCAACAAUUAAAGACAUUUAUGUAUUUUAACUUUGA